UAUAUACAUACUCACAAAUUACACACACCAUCUUAAUUUCAUUUUAUCCAGUUCAUCAUCUCCUUCUCAAACGAUCCUUUAAACAAUAUGUGCACCUCCAAGAUCAAGUCCGGCCAUGCCGGAGUCAUGGACAUCAACGGAAGGCCAGUCUUACAGCCCGGUGGCAACCGUGUCUCAGUCCUUGCCAAGAAGCCUGUCCAAAAGCUCAUUGUCAAUGAUAAUAUUAAUAAUAAUAAUAAUAAUAAUGCUAAUGAGGUGAUCAAUGCCAAGGUCUCUCCUCCAGUUUCACCAAAGCCUAAACCUCAGCUGAAGAGAAACAACAGUGUUGAUGUUAAUGGUUUGAAGAGAUUCAUUGGAGGAAUUCAAGUUGGUUUUCAGUUUGAGUCUUGUGUCACUGAAAUGGCACCGCCGGGAAGCAUUGCCGCUGCGCAAAGAGAGCAAGCUUCAUUGCUGCAAGUGCAAAGGAAAAUGAAGAUUGCUCACUAUGGAAGGGUUUCAGCUUCCAAGGUUGCUCCUUUUGAUUCUUCUCAUGGAGUUCCUCAGGAGGAGAAGAGAUGUAGCUUUAUUACAGUUAAUUCAGAUCCUGUGUAUGUUGCUUACCAUGAUGAGGAAUGGGGUGUGCCUGUACAUGAAGACAAGAUGUUGUUUGAGUUACUAGCUUUAGCAGGGGCUCAAGUUGGGUCAGACUGGACUACAAUAUUGAAAAAACGCCAGAGUUUCAGGGAAGCGUUUGCAGGGUUUGAUGCAGAGAAGGUGGCAAUGUUUACAGAGAAGCAAAUACUAGCUAUCAGCUCCGAUCACCGGAUUGAUUUAGCUAAAGUUCGUGGCAUUAUUGACAAUGCUAAACGUAUUCUUGAGGUGAGAAAAGAGUUUGGGUCAUUGGACAAGUAUCUUUGGGGGUUUGUAAACCACAAGCCAAUCAUCACCAAUUACAAGUCAUGUAGGAAAAUCCCUGCCAAGACAUCCAAGUCUGAGGCUAUUAGCAAAGAUCUCCUCCGGCGAGGAUUCCGGUUCGUCGGACCGACCAUAGUCCAUUCCUUCAUGCAGGUAGCCGGACUCACCAAUGACCAUCUUGUCCAUUGCCCUCGCCACCAUUCAUUAACCAUUAACACACCUUGAUCACCAUAUAUCUUCUCCCUAAUCAACAUAACUAUCACCAUUACUAAGUUUGGGUGUAUGUAUGUAUGUAUGUAUGUAGACUAAGUUAGGUGUUGUGACAAGGAUGGUUUGCAUGUGGGGAACAGGGAGCAUGUGAGAAGGCCAAGCAUUUGCAUGUGGGUGCAUGUCAGGGAUUGGUUUCUUUUUCAAUGUGGGAGCUCAGCACGCUCUCAUUAUUCCUCUCUCAUCUCACACUUUUAACAGGCUGUAGAUGGAGAGUAGGAUUCCUCACAGCCACUUUCAUCUCUCUCUCGUCUUUGCUCUAUUAUUGAGUAGGUGUUCUUUAAUUCCUCUCUAUGUCUUACAAGUUGGUGCUUUUCUUACUUUGUGGGUAAGGUUUGUAACAUGUUAAGUUGGUCUGACUGUGUCUUUUACUUGUUUGCAAAGGAAAUUCAUGCUGCUUUGAUUGGGUGUGUAAUGUGUAUACAGUAACAAUUUAAUGUGGACGUCAAGUUUGCUUUA